CACAAAUUAUUGUAAUUAACUAAUAAUUAAUAUGACUAUUUUAUAUACUGAGUUGACUCAUUUACUCCACUAAAACCUUAUUCAAUUAUAUGUAUUCUAUUCGACUGAUUUAUACAGUUAGUUAUUUACUAUUACUUAGUUAAUUGAAUUCCACUGAGAGAAACACCCAUGCCGCAGUACAUCCAGUCCAGCUGUCUCUCUAUGCUCUCUCCCUCACCCCCAUUUUCACAUUCAGCUCCAACGGAAGGAAAAAAAAUUUUCCCGUGGAAAAAGACCACACCCAACCAACAAACCUCACUAGCACCAGAAAAGUAUUGAGGACUCCCCACUUUGAAGUGAGAGUUUCACCACUACUAUAUAAGGAGUAAUUAUCCCCUAUAAAUAAGAUUUCAUACUAGAUAUAACUUUUGUAUAAUGCUAAGAUCCAGUAUUAAACCAAUUGUAUCUUUCCAUUCUAAGGUAUCAUUAACUAGAGCAUAUCUUAAUUCUACUACCAGAUCAAUGUCUUCAUCAUCUUCAACAAAAGGUGCAACUUCUGCUUCUGCUUCAGGUAAAUCAGAAGAAGUAGAAGAAGAUGUAGUAUUAUUUAAAAAUGAAAAUUCCGCAAGGUUAAUUGUAUUAAAUAGACCUAGGAAAUUAAAUUCUUUAAAUACAGAAAUGAUUAAUUUAAUAACUCCUCGUUUAAUUGAAUAUUCUAAAUCAACUAGUAAUAAUGUUAUAAUUUUAACUUCAAGUCUUCCUAAAUCUCUUUGUGCUGGAGGUGAUGUUGCAUCAUGUGCUAUAGAAAUUUUAAAAGAUAAUCCUUUAUAUCCAAGUGAUUUCUUUCAACAAGAAUAUAAUUUAAAUUAUCUUAUUUCUACUUAUCCAAAACCUUAUGUUGCACUUAUGGAUGGUAUAACUAUGGGUGGAGGUGUUGGAUUAUCAGUUCAUGCUCCAUUUAGAGUGGCUACUCAAACUACUAAAUUAGCCAUGCCAGAAAUGGAUAUUGGGUUUUUUCCUGAUGUUGGUACAACAUUCUUUUUACCAAGAUUAGAUGAUAAAAUUGGUUAUUAUUAUGCUUUAUCAGGUGAUAUUUUAUCAGGUUUAGAUGCCUAUUUUGCAGGAUUUGCAACUCAUUAUAUUAAAUCAGAAAAUAAAGAAGCUUUAAUAAAAAGAUUAUCAGUUUUAAAACCUCCUGUCAUUAAUAAUGUUAAAACUACUACUAAUGAAAUAUUAAGUAAUCAACAAGAAUAUUUUGCAUUAGUUAAUAAUGCCAUUGAAGAAUUUUCAGAAACUAAAUUACCUGAAGAUUAUAAAUUCCCACUUUCUCCUGAAGAUAUUACUAUUAUUAAACAAGCCUUUUCUCAACCAACUAUUAAAGAUGUUUUCAAAUUUUUAGAAGGUAGAAAGGAUAACUUUUCUAAAACUUUACUUGAAAAAUUAACUAAUAAACCAUUAAGUUCUCUUAAUAUUGCUUAUGAAUUAUUGAAAUUAGGAGAAAAGAAUUCUAUUAAAUCACAAUUUAAACAAGAAUUAAUUGCUGCUACUAAUAUAGUUAAUAUUCCUGCUAAAGAAAAUGAUUUUGUUUUAGGAGUUUCUCAUAAAUUAAUUGAUAAAAUAAAGUUACCAGCUUAUCCAACAUGGCAUAAUGGUAAUGUUUCUGAAACAUUUAUUAAAUCAAUUUUAAAAUCUUCUAUUAAAACAACAAAAUCAUUAUCUGAACCAUAUAUAAAAUCAUUCUUUGGAGUAGAUUUCGAUCAAUAUCCUCAUCAUAUGGGUUUACCAUCUAAUCAACAAGUUGCUGAUUAUAUUACUGGUAAUGAUGGUUCGGGUAGAUCUUACUUGCCAACUCCAAAUGAAGUUCAUAAAUAUUUUGCUAAGACAACUAAUAAUAAACUUGGUGUAGAAGCUAAAAUUAAUCAAAUUUUACAAGUUCAUGGUGAAGCUUCCAAGUAUGAUAACAAGUAUGUAUCUUGGAAGGCAUAAGCUAACAAUAAAAAAAAAAAGAAUUCAUAUUGUACAUAGAGUAGACUUUUAAAAUAUAUACUGAUUUUAAAAUAUAUACUGAUUUUAAAAAAUA